AUGGUCGCGCCGACCGAUGGCCGUGAGAACGAUCCCCUGCAAAGAUGGAAAGGCGCGCCGAUCAUCUCGUGGGGCGUUGGCGGUACUAUUAUUACUUCGUUCCCCAAAAACGUACCACGUUACGGCAUGGGCUCAACAGCUCCGAUGAUCAUCCGCAGCCCUGGAGAGGUUCACGUUAAACAUGUUAAGGACAUUCAGCCGCUCGAAGAAAGGCUGGCAAAAUUCCCAGGACCCCUGCGUGGAAAGUCAAAGAAGAAAGAAACACUGGCCUGGUUAACCGCAGGCAUAGAGACGUUAGAGAGGGAGCUUCCCGAGGUUUCAUUCCAAACCCAGCUGUCCCAUGAGCACAAGCGUACCAUUGAGAGAGUGCUCCUCUGGAAAAUUCUCAGAGUCUUUGUUGAACACGAUGGCGUCUUGGAAGGCACUGCCGCAGUUGACAAGGCUGUCAGAGAAGUACUAGCUCCUGGUCUUUCCACCCCUGAAUCCGAAGGCGCGACGGGCUACGGUGCCGGUAUCAGUGGUGUCGAUGCACUCCAAGAGUCUUCUUCAACACAGAUGAAGGCUGAUGCCGUGGACUCGUCCGUUAUGGACCAGAUUCGAAAGCAUUUGCUGGUUGGUGACCGAGAAAAGGCGGUUUGGGUUGCUGUUGACAAGCGACUCUGGGGACAUGCCAUGUUGAUUUCCAACACUGUGUCCCCAGAUCUCUACAAGCAAGUUGCACAGGAAUUCGUCAGGAAAGAGGUCAACUACCCAGGGCACAACAAUGAGUCCAUCGCUGCUCUCUACAAGGUUCUCUCUGGAAACUAUGACGAUUGCGUCGAUGAACUGGUUCCCGCACACGCUCGCGCCGGCUUCCAACUUGUCAACACGGCCUCGUCUACCGGGCCGACCAAGGAUGCCACUGAAGGCCUUGACAAAUGGCGCGAGACUCUUGGACUGGUAUUGAGUAACAGAAGCCCUGAGGACAUUCGUGCUCUGAAUGCCCUGGGUAACUUGUUAUCCUCAUAUGGACGAGCCGAAGCCGCGCAUAUAUGUUUCCUCUUUGCCAGGAAAGCCACUGUCUUCGGGGGUCUGGACGAUAUUGCCUCAAACUUUGUCCUUGUUGGAGCGGACCACAAGACGCAGGGUGAGCAAUUCGCAAAGGAGACCGAGGCUUUGUUGUUGAGCGAGGUUUAUGAGUACGGCCUAUCACUCGCAGGUGGCUCAACCUUGUCCGUUGGCGUGCCACACUUGGCUGCGUAUAAAUUACAACACGCCAUGACACUCGCCGAGUAUGGCCUCCGCGACAAGGCGUUGCAAUACUGCGAGGCCCUUGCCACCUCCAUCAACGCUCAAACUAAGAGAUCUCCCUACCACCAUCCGAUCCUGGAGACAGCUGUAGAGAACCUCAGGACGAGACUCAGACAGGCUCCCAAGGAGGAAUCGUCUUCUUGGAUCCCCAAACCCAGUAUGAACAAGGUCUCGGAUACAGUUUGGAGCCGCUUCAAUAAGUUCGUUGCCGGCGAUGAGAAUGACGGCUCUGCCGCUGGCGCAUCCGCCGACGGCGGUAUGGAAUCCGGACCGUUUGCUCGUUUGGCAGGAGGCACUCCCACCAUUAGUCGAUCGCCAUCUGUAACGAACUUCGAACCCAUCUACGGAGCUGGUGCCCCGAGUUUCCCGGUGGGCUCUCCGCCUACCACGGCCCCGGUCCCCGCUACAAGGGCCGCGUCCCGAUAUGCGCCUGCCACAUCUCAAACACCUGCGCUUUCCAGCUCUUACGAACCUGGUUCUGGGUACACACCAGGCCCGGCUUCAGUCGGACGCUCAUCUAAUGAAUACUCCCGCAGUCCGUACGAACCUCGAACAUCGAUGGAUUCGCAACCUAGCUUCACAAAUGGUGGAUAUGUUCCUCAGACUUCUGCAGCGCCAUCGCAUAGUUACACCCCGCCUACUUACGGUAGUGGCCAAGAGACAACCACUUCUGCUCAUAUGCUGGCUGGUGCAGCUCUCACCCCUCCGGGGCAGUCGCCGAGAAAGUCGGCGUACCAAGGAUAUGAGCCCUAUGGCGCAAGCCAAGCUCCCACUGUCCCGGCAGCGGAGGCCCAGGCCCAAGAGCCAACGGAAAACAGUCAGCAGCCCAACCUGGCUAGCUCAGGCUACCAGCCACCUUUGUACGGAUAUGAGCCGCCGUCCAUGACACCUGAUGAUGUGAACGGGACACAAGCUCAGGAAUCCGGUGGCGCUGGCGGUUACGAGCCCCCCACUUACCAGCCGUACGGCUACGAACCCCCCUCGUACGACGCCGAACCCGAUAAUGACGAUGAAGCCUCCGAGAGCAAGCCGAAGUCCAAGAGUUUCAUGGAUGACGAUGACGAUGACGAUAUCCCUGCCCUCAAGGCGCUCAAGUCUCAAGACAAGAGUAAAUCCGACAAGGACAAGGAGAACGAAGAAAUGUUCAAGAAAGCGGCUGAAGAAGACGCCAAGCGAGCAGCAGCUCAGCAGCAGCAGAAGAAGGGAUGGGGUUUCACCAGCUGGUUUGGCGGCAAGAAGGAAGCCAGCCCCGAGCCUCAGCAGGGCAACAAACCUGUCAAGGCCAAUCUUGGUGAAUCCAGUAGCUUUGUAUACGACCCCGACCUCAAGCGCUGGGUGAACAAGAAGGCGGGCGCAGAAACUACUCCGGCAAAGACCGCAACACCGCCGCCGCCAAAGGCCGGUCCGAGAUCCAACACGGGCACGCCCCCGCCACCUCGCACCAUGACACCACCGAUGGGCCGGUCAAGCGCCCCCCCUGGGGGACCGCCGGGCCCGGCGCUCGCCAAGGCGUCGUCCCAGGAGAGCCUUGGUGUUCCUCCAGGACCGCGACCACCAGGCCUGAUGCGAUCGGUAUCGAGCACGAGCACUGGUGGACCUCUUGCCGGCCCCCCUAGCCGACCAGCGACAAGCAUGAGCAACGCCAGCAGCAUUGACGACUUGAUCAGUGCGGCAGGCCCGCGCAAGCCGGGAGCCAAGAAGGCGAAGAAGGGCGGCCGAUAUGUCGAUGUGAUGGCCAAGUAG